AUGAUUUCUGCAUCGAGAAGAUGGCUGCGCCGGAACAGAACUCCAUUAGCAAUUGGAUUUGGCGUGAUUGGAGCCGGGUACGUUGCUACACAGUAUGUGUUGGGAAAGAUCUCGGACGCGCGUGAGCGCAUGAGCAGCGAUCGCAUAGCUCGAGAAAAUCUUCGCCGGCGAUUCGAGCAGAACCAAGAGGACUGCACUUUCACCGUCUUGGCCUUGCUUCCUACGGCUACGGAUAAUAUCAUGGGCGAGCUGCAGACGGAGAUGAUAACGUUCGAAUUGCAACAGCAGAAGGCUGCGAAGCUGGCGAAGAAUGGAGAGGGGCAUCCUUCGGAACUAGGGUCAGGACCGCCAAGUGUGACGGAUGAUGAUGGGAGGAGCAUGGUUAGUAUGCAGAGCGAGAGUGGCAUACAUGCUAGUCAGAUGGGUAUACCUUCUUCUGCCCCCGGAGAUGGACCGCAGGAUGGUGGACCGCAGGAUGGUGGACAGCAGGCGCAGAAGUCUAGAAAGUCAAAGUUGCAAUUGUGGAAUGAUCUGAAGAUUAGUUCAAUCACUCGAUCAUUUACACUGAUAUAUACCCUGGCAUUAUUGACCCUUCUUACUCGGAUACAACUCAAUUUAUUAGGACGACGAAGUUAUCUAUCAAGUGUAGUGUCUUUAGCAACAGGUGGUAUGGAACAGUCAACAAUCAGCCUGGAGAAUAACGAUGACGAUAACCCGGAUCAAGCAUACGGAAACGAUUUCGAGACGAAUAGACGAUACUUAACAUUCAGCUGGUGGCUGCUCCACAGGGGAUGGAGAGAGGUCAUGCUGAAAGUAGAGGCUGCAGUGAAGGAAGUCUUCGGCGCUAUUAGCCCAAGAGAUGAUAUUUCUAUGCAGAGGUUCUCAGAGCUCACUCUUGAGGUGCGCAAGAAAGUCGAAGGAGCAACGGAGGCAGAGCGGAAGGAGGGAAAAUGGCUGCAAUUUCUUCUGCCACCAAGGGAGCAAGAGGAUUUUGUGCUCAAAGAAUCAGGCAUGACCACAGAAUCAGUCGUGUCAAGUUCAUCGCCUUUACGGCGUCUGCUAGACGAGACCUCGGAUCUGAUCGACUCGCCUCCAUUCUCUCACGUGUUGACUCUUCUGCUCGAUGCUGGAUAUUCCACACUUGUCGAUCAGAAAAUUGCCCAACAAUCUUUCAAAAUGCCGACUGUUCCUGACGUUCCUGAUCUUGGUGGCCCUCGAAUCACAGAGGUAUUCGAUGCCAAGCCUGUUAAGUUACCUAUCCUUCUGGCUACUUUGACGAGACAGGCACAUUCCAUUGGAAAUGGAGUACCGAACGAGUAUCUCCAAUCCAUGGAGCAAGUGCGGGACUUAGAGGCAUUUGCUGCUGUGGUGUACUCUUCGAAUUGGGAGAACGAGAUUAGCCCCGUGAACGAACAGGAGAGCAGUACCGUCUUCGUUGAGAAGGAUGAGUCUGUUGCCCAAGGAAGCGCACCAGAGGAAACCGCAGUUCAAGAGAGUGUUAUAGAUCUAGGGCCAGCAAGUAAUUUUGAGAGUGCUUGGGGCAAAGCUGUGGAUAGUGUUGAGAAAGGCGGUUCGGCCUAA